AUGAAGCGAUACUUCGGCCUGAGGGGCAAGUCGCUCAACUAUGCCGUUGGUAUUAUUGCGGGAUGCGACUUCCUUCUGUUCGGAUACGAUCAGGGUGUCAUGGGAGGUAUCCUGACCAUGAGCCAGUUCCUGGGCGACUUCCCCGACAUCAACCCAGAAGAGGACGGCAUUUCGGAUUCUCUGAAGUCUCUCCGAUCAGAGACCCAAGGCAUUGCCGUGGCCUCGUACAACCUGGGAUGUUUCCUCGGUGCUGUGAUUAGCAUCUUCAUCAGUAACCCUCUUGGUCGAAAGAACAUGAUCAUCCUCGGCACGAGCAUCAUGAUCGUCGGGGCCAUCCUCCAAGCUUCUGCUACAACACUUCCUCACCUGAUUGUCGGUCGAAUUAUCACCGGUCUGGGCAACGGCGGCAACACGUCGACAAUCCCCACGUGGCAAUCCGAGACGUCUCGAGCGCACAAGCGAGGAAAGCUUGUCAUGAUCGAGGGCGCCCUCAUCACCUGCGGUAUCAUGAUCUCGUAUUGGAUCGAUCUGGGCUUCAGCUUUGCCGAUGGCAGCGUUGCGUGGAGGACUCCCUUGGCCUUCCAGAUUGUCUUCUGCAUUUUCAUACUGGCUUUCAUCUGGGGUCUGCCCGAGUCUCCGCGUUGGCUGAUUCUCAAGGGCAGGGAGGACGAGGCCCGCGAGGUCCUCGCUGCCCUCGCUGACCAAGAGGUCAAUUCCAAGGAAGUCAACAACGAAUUCAUCGCUAUCAAGGACACCGUCAUUGAGAUGAGCAAGGGAACGUUCAGUGAUCUCUUCACCAGUGGCAAGGACAGAAACUUCCACCGCACUGUUCUUGGAUUCACCAAUCAGAUGUUCCAGCAGAUUAGCGGAAUCAACCUCAUCACGUACUAUGCACCUGUCAUCUACGCGGGCCUGGGAAUGUCCAGCUUCAUGUCGAGACUUUUGGCAGCGCUGAACGGAACGGAAUAUUUCCUCGCAUCCUGGCCGGCGGUCUUCCUUGUCGAGCGCGUCGGCCGCCGCAAGCUCAUGUUGUUUGGUGCCGUGGGCCAGGCUGCGACGAUGGCUGUCCUCGCGGGCGUCAACUCUGCGCCAGACAACUCUGCCUGCCAGGUUGCCGCCAUCGUGUUCCUCUUUGUGUUCAACACCUUCUUUGCCGUCGGAUGGCUGGGCAUGACCUGGCUGUACCCGGCCGAGAUCGUGCCGCUGAGGAUCCGCGCCCCCGCCAACGCCCUGUCGACGUCGAGCAACUGGAUCUUCAACUUCCUGGUCGUCAUGAUCACACCCGUCGCCUUCAACUCCAUCAAGAACCACACAUACACCAUCUUUGCCGUCAUCAAUGCCUUCAUGGUCCCCUGCGUCUACUUCUUCUACCCUGAGACUGCAUACCGAUCGCUCGAGGAGAUGGACACCAUCUUCCACAAGGCGCCCGGCGCCAAGGGCUGGUUCAGCGUCGUCAAGGUGGCCCGCGAGGAGCCCCGACGCUACGGCAAGAACGGCGAGUUGCUUAUCGCCUACGAGGAGACAGACGAGGCCAAGGCGCACACCCACCACGGCGAGUACGAGACCAGCUCUCCUAGCGAGGCCGAGAAUGGACGGGGUGGUGUGCUUGGUGGUGCCGCCUAG